AUGGAGGGCGGCGGAGCAAGCGGCAACAGGACCACGGGGGGCCUGGACGGCUUUUGGGAGUGGGCGGCACGGAGUACUCGCACGCACUUGGCCGGUGUCCCGCUAACUGAUAUGAACCCUCUGUUUCCUCAUUUAAAUGUGGAUCCACGGUAUCUUCUACAGGAUACCGACGAAUUUAUUUUACCAAUUGGCGCUAAUAAGACCCGGGGCCGAUUCGAGCUGGCCUUUUUCACCUUUGGAGGAUGUUGCAUGACGGGCUGCAUUCAGGGCAGUGAACAGUCUUCGGUAAGAUUGAAGGAAACCCAGAACAUGGCCUGGUACAAGCCCAGAAACAUACAGAUCCUGAGUAUGGUGCCAAGGCAAGGAGCACUUUGGGCUAAUACUCUGGGAUCUCUGACUUUGCCCUAUAGUGCAUUUGGUGCUGUUGUUGAGAAAACACGAGGGGCGAAAGACGACUUCAACACGGUAGCGGCCGGAACCAUGACGGGCAUGUUGUACAAAUGCACAGGUGGUCUUCGAGGAGUAGCACGAGGUGGUCUGGCAGGACUCACCCUUACCAGCCUCUAUGCACUGUGUGACAACUGGGAGCGCAUGAAAGGCUCCUUGUUCCAGCGGUCGCUCUGAAGACACGGCCAACUCCGAGGAGGACACCUCAGUCAUCAAUCUGAAGCUGCUCUGUCUUCUGCCUACAAUUAUUUUUUAAAAAUUGGAGAUUUUGAUUUGCUGCAAUCAAGAUCAUGG